CCCUGUUAGCAGGCACUUGUUGCCUCACUGGAGCUGGCGGGCAUCGUGCCCGUCCGUGUCGGUCUCCCGGGCACCCGGCCACCGCUCCACCCCCUUUUCUACGACAUGGAGCCAGAGCCGGCGGCACUGAAGCAGCCCCGGCCGCGAAGACGGAGCCGCCGGGCCUCUGGGCUCAGUGCGGACAGCGCCGCCGGCCCUCCGGCUGACACCCCCAGGCCGGGACCGCCAGACUGCAGAUACUCCCUUCGGAGGGGUAGCUCCUUUACUUUUUUAACACCUGGCCCCCACUGGGACUUCACCUUGAAAAGAAAACGAAGAGAGAAAGAUGAUGAUGUUGUGAGUGUUAGCAGCCUUGAUCUGAAGGAACCAAGCAAUAAAAGAGUACGACCUCUGGCUCGGGUCACAUCCUUGGCAAACUUAAUCUCUCCUGUAAGAAAUGGAGCAGUCAGACGUUUUGGUCAAACAAUACAGUCAUUUACCCUUCGUGGUGACCACAGAUCCCCUGCCUCUGCCCAAAAGUCAUCUAGCAGAUCAACGGUCCCAACACCUGCCAAAAGAAGAAGCAGCGUGCUAUGGUCAGAGAUGUUAGACAUCAGUAUGAAAGAGUCUUUAACCACCAGAGAAAUCAAACGUCAGGAGGCGAUAUAUGAAAUGUCCCGAGGUGAACAGGAUUUAAUUGAAGAUCUCAAGCUUGCAAGAAAGGCCUACCACGACCCCAUGUUAAAGUUGUCUAUUAUGUCAGAAGAGGAACUCACACAUAUAUUUGGUGAUUUGGAUGCUUACAUACCUCUGCAUGAAGAUUUGUUGGCAAGAAUAGGAGAAGCAACUAAGACUGAUGGAACAGUUGAGCAGAUUGGUCACAUUCUUGUGAACUGGGUAUGCACUGAGUUAUUGACUCCAGUUAAUUUCUUAGAGACUUGUCUUAUUACAGUUUGUGGUGAAUAUGCCUGCUGGACGCUGGACACUGGGGAUUCGGUAUUGAUAAUACAAGAAGUUCUCUCUGAUAUCAAUCUGAAGAAAGGAGAAUCUGAGUGCCAGUAUUACAUUGACAAGCUGGAAUAUCUGGAUGAGAAGCAAAAGGACCCCAGGAUUGAAGCAAGUAAAGUGCUGCUGUGCCAUGGGGAACUAAAGAACAAAAAUGGACAUAAACUUUACAUUUUCCUAUUUCAAGACAUCUUGGUUUUGACUCGGCCUGUUACACGAAAUGAGCGUCAUUCUUACCAAGUCUACCGGCAGCCAAUCCCAGUGCAGGAGCUGGUGUUGGAGGAUCUGCAGGAUGGGGAUGUGCGCGUGGGAGGGUCCUUUCGAGGGGCUUUUGGCAACUCAGACAAAGCUAAAAAUAUCUUUAGAGUCCGCUUCCAGGACCCCUCUCCAGGCCAGUCUCACACUCUGCAAGCUAAUGAUGUAUUCCAUAAGCAGCAGUGGUUCAACUGUAUCCGUACCGCAAUUGCCCCUUUCCAGCAGGCCACCAGUGCAUCAGAGCUUCAGGGUUUGCCAGAGCUCCACGAAGAGGGUGAAGAGAACAACCCCUCUGUGGGGAACCUCCCAGCCCAGAGAAGGGCAUCAACAGUUUCCAGUGUUAUGCAGGUAGAAGGUGAUGAAAAUGCGUCUGAGUGUGGUUUUGCUGUACAGGCAGCAGAAGACUCCAAGAGUGUAAAGGGACAUCGAAUGCAGUCUGGCUUCCGAAGAGCAAAGGAUAAAGCGCAAUUAAGUGGCAGACGGAAAGAGACUUUGGUGUAAAGGAACCUGUGUAUUAACUGGUAGAGAGACUAUUUAUAAAUGUGUACAGUUUUGUUUUUCUUGUAAUGGGACUAUUAUAGGAUUACUUUGUACCAGUUGUAACAUUUUCAUGGUUUGGGGGGGUUUUCCUUUAUAAAUUUUAUUUUUUAAUGGCAGCUAAAGGUAUUCAGAUUACUGUUAAAUUGCAGACUUUUUAAAAAGGUUUUUUUUUUUUUGAUUAUUUAGAACAUGCACGCCUGGUAUUUUUAAUCAGAUGAGACAAUUAUGAAAUUAAAGGAUUUUCUUGAUUGUGGAUUCAUCAUGACUUUUCAGUACAAUCAAAUGUGAUAUUUACAGUGUAUGCUAAAACUCAGAAUUUUUCAAAUACUGGAAUUCUACCAGCGAUCUUUGUUAAGCC